CAGAGAAGGAGCUGCGUGGUGGGGAGGGUCGGCAUCCCUCGCAGCCGCUUCCGCGCCCGUGGACGUGGAUUUCUGUCUAAAAAUAAUGGGGGGAGGAGGGAAAAAAAAAAUACAGGCGAGGAAGGCAGCAGCAGCGAGCAGCGCCUGGCUGGCUGCCAGCGAGGGGCAGUGACUGAGCAUUUACAGCAUCCCCGCCUCCCGCAUGCGGCGGGGCAGGGGCUCGGCGCCGCAUCCCCCGCGGCCGGUACCGCACCGCGCUGCGCCGCACCGGGGGGGCCGGGGGGGCUGCUGAGCGCCUCGGCCGGUGCCCGGGCGGCCCCGAAGGGGUUAAGCCGGGACCUGCCGUCGGGACCUGCCCAGCCAGCCCGGCAACUCGGCGGCGCGCAGCAGGAGCGGGCGGCUGCGGCCGCCUCCACCCGCGCUCCCCGGCGGCACCGGCGGCGGCACCGCGCAGGGAGGAGGUGAAGAUUAAGGACCAGCAUGGAGCAGGGGACAGGAGUGUGAUGGGCUCAUGUGAAGACAGGUCCAGACUGCCCCAUGUCACUGCAUCCGUGCGCCGGUGAGGCUGUGGCUGUGAUCACUCAUUCCUUCUGCACCGUUGCUGCCUGCCGCUGGCAGGUUUCCGGCACCACACAGCCAUGACGACCUCGGCGCUGCGCCGGCAGGUGAAGAACAUCGUGCACAACUACUCGGAGGCAGAGAUCAAGGUGCGGGAGGCCACCUCCAAUGACCCCUGGGGACCCCCCAGCUCCCUGAUGUCAGAGAUCGCCGACCUCACCUUCAACACGGUGGCCUUCGCCGAGGUCAUGGGCAUGAUCUGGCGGCGGCUGAACGACAGCGGCAAGAACUGGCGUCACGUCUACAAAGCCCUCACCCUCCUGGACUACCUCAUCAAAACCGGCUCCGAAAAGGUGACCCACCAGUGCCGGGAGAACCUCUACACCAUCCAGACGCUGAAGGACUUCCAGUACGUGGACCGCGAUGGCAAGGACCAGGGCAUCAACAUCCGGGAGAAGGUGAAGCAGGUGAUGGCGCUGCUGAAGGACGAGGAGCGGCUGAAGCAGGAGCGGGCGCACGCGCUGCAGACCAAGGAGCGCAUGGCCCUGGAGGGCAUGGGCAGUGGCAGCCACCAGGUCACCUACGGCCGCCGUGCGUCACCCUACGGCGAGGACUACGGCCGGGCACGGGGCUCGCCCUCCUCCUUCAACUCAUCAUCCUCAUCCCCACGGUUCGCCUCUGACCUGGAGCAAGCACGGCCCCAGACGACGGGCGAGGAGGAGCUGCAGCUGCAGCUGGCGCUGGCCAUGAGUCGGGAGGAGGCAGAGAAGGAGGUGAGGACUUGGCAAGGGGAGAACUCCCUGCAGCAGAGAGCCGUGGAGGAGACUGCCCAGGGCAGGGAGGAAGAGCAAGAAGAAGAUAAGAUGAAGAAAAGCCAGUCCUCCAUCCUGGAGCUGGCAGAUAUAUUCGGACCGGCGCCAGCACCCUCCAGCCACGCGUCUGCUGACCCGUGGGAUGUGCCAGAUAUGAAAGCCAAAGCGGAGCCGGUGGCCUCUGCCUGGGCCGGUGCAGCAGAUCCCUGGGUGCCAGUCCCGGACACCAGUGGGGAGCCCCUCUCCCAGGCGAGCGCCUCAGCCCAGCAAACAUCUGCCGGGCCCUGGGAUUUUCCCCCCAGCACCACUGCGGCCUCUGACCCUUGGGGGAAGGCACCUGUUUCUUCUGGCUUCCCUCCUGCUGACCCUUGGGGGACAGCAUCACCCCCAGCCCCUCAGGGCUCCGGUUCCACUCCAGCUCCUGACCCUUGGGCUGCUGUGCCCGAGCAACCUCCGAACGCUGCUCCAGGGGGGAACGCUUUCGACCCGUUUGCAAAGCCGCCCGAGCCGCCGGAGCAGGAGCCCUCGCAGCCGCCCUCCUCGGCCAAGUCCAGCAGCCCCGUGGAGCCGGACCCCUUUGGCGACCUGUUCCCCAGCACCAGGCAGGAUGGGGCGAAGAGCUUUGACCUCACCAACCUGGCUGACUCCCUGCCCGAAUCCGGCAAGGAGCGGAAGGACUGUAAAACCCCCGAGGCUUUCCUCGGCCCCGCCGCCUCCUCCCUGGUCAACCUGGACUCCCUGGUCGCACCUACACCGGCUUCCAAGACCCGCAACCCCUUCCUCUCCGGUCUGAGCACGCCGUCCCCAACCAACCCCUUCAGCCUGUCCGAGCAGCCCAAGCCGACGCUGAACCAGAUGCGGACCAGCUCGCCGGUGCCCGGGCUGCCCGCCGGCCACCCCGCCAACUCCAUGACCUACAGCGCGUCCCUGCCGAUGCCCCUCAGCAGCGUCCCCUCCGCCACCGUCGCCCUCCCCGCCUCCGCCAGUGCCUUCCCGCAGGCUGGCACGUUCCCCGAACUCCCCGGCGCCUUGCCGCAGCCUCUACUGCCGCUGAGCGGCCCCCCGGCUCCGCCGUCCGCGCCCGGGGGACUCAACCCCUUCCUCUGAACCCUCUGGACAUGUGGACUCUCGCCCCUUCCCUGGCUGUUACAGCCCCCCCAUCUUUCCUCCCGCCAAGACUUGAGGGGGCAGCGGUUCGCUAAAGCUGCACCGGAGUGUGCCCCCCACCCAGCCCCGACCCCGUGCCCGCUGUGCGGGGCAGCCAGCAUGAGACCCCCGUGCUUGACGGGCAGCAGGGGACCCCCUUCCCCUGCGAGGGCCAGUGCGGGGGGCCGCGGUGGGGCUGGCUGGGGGGCAGCCAGCAUGAGCCCCGGUGCUUGACGGGCAGGAAGGGACCCCCUUGCCCUGCAAGGGGGCCACGGCAGAGCCCCUGUGAAGGGCUGUGGUGUAGGGGCUCCGCUGCAGCGGGACCGGGCGGGUGCGCGGGGGUCCGGCUGCUGGAUGUGGACCCCCGGCGUGGGGGGGCUUUGUGGGGAGCUGGGGCAGCGCGGGGCCGGGAGGAGGGAGCUGGGGGGUUCUCCCACCCCGCGUGGUUCGCGCUCCCUUGGCUGCUGCCCCUCGCCUCCGUCUCGCCGCCCCUCGCCCACUGCUGGGCGCCGCUCCGUGUCCGGGGAGCGCCUGGGCUUGGGCGCGGCGGCGGCGGCUGGCUGCGGGUGCCCGUGCGACAAUAAACUGCGCUGAGCGACA